UGUUUUUGUUGUACUUCACAAAAAGAUUUAAUAUUGAAAGUCAGAAAAAAUUGCAUCGAUUAUAUAAUUGGCUUGAUAAUUUCGUGAAAAGAUAUUUACUUGAAAAUAAUAGGAGUUUUUCUUUUGUGAGUUUAAUGACUAAAGCUAAUAAGUUCAUAUAUUCAGCAACCAAACUAUUCAAGAAAUUAUUUAACUCUCAUCUAUUAAAAACUCAAGUAUGAUUAUGUAAAAUAAAGAAUGAUCAAAUCCUAAAAAUCUUAUACGUAGAAAAUAUUUCCGUGACUCAUGUUUCUCAUUAUUGACGUAUGAUAUUAAGUCAUCCUUUGCAAAAAGUUUGAGAACUAGCAGGGAAAAUCCCGUUUACUUACGCUUAUGCGUGCAGAAUCUGAAUAAACGUGCAUAACUGUGCUUGUAGUUGGUUGGCAACCAAUGCUAUAAAAGAAAGCGCAGUUGAUGCUUCUAAACAGUAUACCGUCGACCUUCGAUCAGCCACUUGGAGUGCAGUGGUCAAUAGCUAAUCAGUUGUUAGUUAAGUGAGAUCUUUUAAGUGCUGAAAAGCGUGUUAUCAAUAUGUUGUUUCAUUUAUUGCUGAUUGCUACAUCGCCAUUUCUUAUCACUGCGUUUCCACAAAAUUCGGGGACAGGUACGAUGUCCCAAGUAGAUGGCUUCGUUUUUGAUGGCCCAACGGCUUCCAGACCCAAUAUUGGACAAAGAACCACUUUAACUACAAUUGCAACUAGUACAACUUCUCUACCCUUAGACGACACUCAGUUCAACUCAUGCGUUUCAUCUUGUCCGGCAACGCCAGAAUACAAUCCUGUUUGUGGUACGGAUAAUGUUGACUACACCAAUCCAGGGGGACUAGGUUGUGCACAAAGAUGUGGAAAAGAAGUGUUACUAAGACAUUAUGGACGCUGCUCAACUAGCAUGUCGGGAUGAUUUUUACAAUCUUCAUUGAAGAAUAUAAAUUAGGAUAAUAUCCCUUUAAUAAGGACGAAAGACUGACUGCGCGGCAAACAUAGAGAAACAUAUUUACAUAUCAUACGUAUAUAUUACAAAAAUAAUCAUUUACUUUAAACGAAGAAUAACAACUUGUUGAUUUUGUAUAU